GGUGUCACUUCCUUUUUUCUCGUCAUGUGGUUCAUGUUCUCAGCUGCUUCCUCUUCUGCUUCACAACACUCACAACAGCGUUAGUGCUGGCCCCCCACAACCUUACUCUGUGUGGAAGAAAUCCAGUUUGGUGAACUUCAGAACAAUGUCCGCCGUGGAAGGAGAACUGCUGUCUUUGUCGACCUCUUCAUCGUUAUCAUCCUCAUCAGCAGCAGCAGCAACAGGAGCGCAGACGGACUCUUCACCUAAAAGUGAGAGCAGCCUUCCUCAGAGCCAGCAGGAACACGAGUCCACUCCAGAAUUAUGGAGGGGAGACGGGCUGAACCCCACCGGUGACAGACUGUUGUCCACAGAGGAGCAGGUCACUCUGAUCACCGAGAGCUUAACGGUUACCUCCACCGACCAGGAGAAACUGCUGCUGCUCAACAAGAACACGGAGCUCCGCAGGGUCAACAAAGAGCUGAUGAAGCUGAAUGAGGACUGGGAUCAGGUGUACCGCAGUGCCACUCUGGGUCUGCAGCACAGACUGGAGUCUCUGGAGUUGGAGAACAACGCCAUCAAGCAGCUGAACAGCCGCCUGCUGCUCAAAGUUGAGCAUCAACAGAGUGCAAAGGAGUAUUAUGAGCAUGCACUGAUGACCGAACUGAAGAAGAACCAGGAGCUGCAGGAGUACAUACGACUACUAGAGAGCAAGAUGCACCCAGACAGGACCUUCACACCCCUUAAACAGGCUAAUGUUACUGGAAUGCAGAAUGGCUCCUGUCCGGGCAGUAAUCCUCCCGGAGAAUCCGACCUGCCGUGCACCCAUGCCUCUAGAUGCAACCCCUCAUCCAGCUUUCUUCAAGCUUCCUCCAGCCCUGAAGCAGAGUGGCAGGGGAGGAGCCAAGACAGCGUCCCACUGGAAGAACUGGGAAACUCCCAGCAAGAAGUGCAAGACCUAAAAGAACAGCUGGAUGCGCUAAGAUGUCAGACUGAGAUUUAUGAAGCAGAGUUUCAGACUGAGCACAACGACCACAAACACACCCUGCAGGAAAACCGCAGACUGAGGAAGAAGAGGGAGGAGAUGCGCCAGCAGGUGGCGCUACUGCAGGAGCAGCUAAAGAUCUACGAGGACGACUUCCGGAGAGAGCGGUCCGACAAGCAGAUGCUGCAGCGGCUCUUGGUGCAGAAAUCGUCCUCCAACAAGCAUGCGGUGCUGAUCCACCGCUGCAAUAACCAGGAGCGGCUGCAGGAGGGCGACAAGAGAACGCCAAGCGGAGAGAAAAAAAAGCAACACCACCCUCUGUGCCCCAAACAUCCCGCCAGAAACAAGGAGUGAGCCACAAAUGAGAACUUGGUGCUUAAUUAAUACAUUGAUUAAGCACCAGGUUUGUUUUAAUAAACUGACACUGAUUGGAUGUGUCAGUAAAUAGACUUCUUUUUAAUAUAGGUGCUAUAUUUUAUAUUUCAAAUGUGUCUGAUUCGUCUGUAUUGGUUUGAUACUUCUCUGUUCAUGAUCACAUGAUGUCAUUUCAUUAUCUAGUUUCCGAUCUAUGUUGAAGUCUUCCUGAUGACUUUACGACGCAUUACCCCCCUUGUUUCAUUACAUCAGCAGACGGAGAAUUUCUUUGCAGUGACUUCCUGCUCCACACCUGAACAAGCAUCAGAUGUUCUCCACCUGAAAACUUCCCCUCUGAGGGGUUGUGGGAAGAUUUAAAAAGUUCCUGCUAAUGAAGGGCAAACUUGAGUCAAUGAUUUAUUGAUAAUUGUGACACAAACAUGUAGAGGUUACCUUGAGGAAGAGCGAAGCCUUUUUCUCUGUGUUCUGAUUUAAAGAUUUUCCCACCUUAGGGCAAAUAAUCUAUUGUACUUAUUUAUAUAGCUGACAGUGAUUCAAUUUAUGAAGUUUACAAGUUCAGCUAAAAUAGUGUCUCUUCUUGUUUAUAUUUUUGUAAACAUUUUACCAGUUCACUUUUAGAAAGUUGGAAUAAAACAUCAAAUUACAACUAAAAGAACUGAUGUGUGUGAAAGUUUUGAACAAAUAUUUUGUAAUUUAUGGAGCAAAAUAUGUUAAUAAACAGAUUCAAUUGAGGCAAACAA